AUGGAAUCGCAUUGGUUGAUGAAUUUCAUUUUAUCACUUGUGGUUUCUUCAUCUUAUGUUGUAAGUAUCCAUAGUUUCAAGCCACCGUCACUCAAAGGUAAAGAUAGGGAUGAUGUUGAAGUGAUCAAACAUAGAUUCACUAAUGUUUCCAUCCUAUGCAUAUUUUGGAUCUUAAUUGUACCCAUAAUCAGAGGGGGAGAUUUCUGGGGUAAUAAUAAGGAAUUGUGGUCAACGUUAAUACCUGUGAGUUCAUGGAGAUCAAUAUAUGACAUGUUUUAUUGUGUAAGUUUGAUGUCAAUCCUUUAUAUCGGACCCAUAUUUCAUUACCUUAUCAGUGAUCCCAAUAUCGUACAAGAUUUCCGGGACAAUUUCACUAAUAAAUGGGGGUUUAGAGAUCAUGUUUUUGCCCCUAUAACUGAAGAAAUCAUCUACAGAGCUAUACUUUAUUUCCUUUUAUCGGAUUUCAAUCCUAAAUCUAUCAUUCGGUAUGGACCUUUAUUAUUUGGAAUAGCUCAUAUCCAUCAUGCUUAUGAAUUGAUAACCGUUAAAAAGCUCAACACCAUUGCUGUACUCAUAAAUACAACCUUCCAAACUAUCUACACGUCACUUUUCGGAAUGUUAGCUUUUACGAUCUUCAUCCAUACACAAAAUGUUUGGUGUGCUAUUAUUAUCCAUUCAUAUUGUAACGUCAUGGGAUUUCCAUCAAUAAUCACCGCAACUCCGGCGAUUAAAUUUGCAUAUUAUAGUUUACUUAUCCUUGGACUCCUUGGAUUCUUCUAUUUACUUCCAUAA